CAUCAUGAAGCUUCUGGCCGUGCUGUGCGCGUGCGCGCUGGUCGCCGCCGGCGAGGAAGGCGGAGAGGGCAAGGCACCCUCCACGGCCAAGCUGGCUAUCGGCCUAGGCUACCUGUACCGCCGUUUCCUGACCAUGACGCAGCCAGAGCAGAUCAAGCUGCAGGACGCGCUGGACGUCAGGUGGAGGCGCGACAUGAUGGGGAGCAUCCCCAUCCGUUCGGCGUGGAAAGCGACCUUCGACGGCACCGACAGGAACACCUUCUCUCAAAUCUACAGCAUCAUCUCACCUGAGGUGAAGGGCUUCAACGGCAUCGGAAUGUGGGUCCAGAACACCGUCUCCGACGUCAUGGUCACCUGGCACCAUGGGGCGGCCCUCAAGAUCCACAUGUUAACGGAUGGAGGAGCCCACAAGGAGGCCGUGCUCGGCAAUCCUCUGGACUACGACGGCGCUAAGUUCGCCGUUGUCAUCCCCAAGUCCACCUUCUGCACGGUCGAGUCUACCUCGGAUAAGACCUUCGCCUUCCUCUCCUACAUCGCCAUCCCAGGUUGGACGAUGGAGGGACACAAUGAGUUUUCGCUCAAGGACAUGGAGGCCAAGUUCCCUGAUCACUCGGAACUCUUCAAGGCUCUGGCCACGCCGGGCAUCAGCAAGAGUGGCCACCACGACCGCCAUGAUGAUCAUGAUGAUCACGAUGAUCAUGAUGACGACCAUCAUCACGGCCAUCACGGUCACCGCAGCCACCGCCGUCGCUAGUCUUUCACAAUUUGAUGGUAUGCUGCAUACAAGCAUAUCUUCGGUUUCGAGGUGGACCUCAGCAGCAAAGUGACCCGUCACGAUCGCCACUCACCAGUGACACACUCACCUAUCACGUCAAUAAACUCGGAGUGCAGGA